AUGGGACAUGUGGUGCACACAAGGAGGGUAGGCGCCCGUGAAUCGACCUCAGCGUGGGUUGUCCCUGCUAGCGGCGCGGGGGGAGAUUCGCGUACGCGCAGCCGGGUUCAGGGGCCGAGGAAUGGAACGUCUGGGCCCGCAUUCCCCCGCGAGGAACAGGAGUGGGAGGCCUUGUGCCACCGCGCGGUUCGGCAGGGCCCUGGGGUUUCACCCCAAACCCCAAUCGAGAGUGCGGAGAAAAGGGCCAGGCUCGGACGGGCUGGCUCCGAGGCUGCACCAGAGGUGGAGAUUGGCGGCGUGCGUGAUCAAGACAAGCUACCAAAACCCGCCAAUGGCGACCAAACAAAGCCGCCGUCGUGGGAGUUGUAG